ACAGAGAGAGAAUACAAGCGUGUGAAACAGAGCUAGAGAGAGAGAGGGAGGACCUAGUUUUGAUUUUCAUACACACAACACAGAUUGUGAUAGACAUAAUAAAUACAAAUCAAAUGCCAUCUUUUAAGAUGAAAACGAAGUCAUCGGGAGACUUUACAAGAGAAAGUAACGGUCUCCAUGUCUGCCAAAAAUCGAGCAAGAUAUCCAAGAACUCGUUCACUCACACGAGAAAUUUGCAACACGAAUCAGAACUUGACACACGUACUACUCCUAACGUGCAGGAUGAUUCUUUUUGUAAUAAAGCAGAUGAAAGAACCAACUGUUGUCAAAUGGUAGAUGGAGACAAUAUUCAGAUUCAAAAGCACAUAUCACCUUCAAGCGCGAUGGAUCAUACAGAAACUUGCUCCUCAACAAUAGAAACAAUCUUUUCACCGAUAUUGGAUUCAAUCGACACUGAACCAAAUAUCUACGACUACGGAGAUAUGUUCAUCCCCGACAUGAUUGUUUCCAGCUCACGUUUACUCGAUUACGAAUACGAUGAAUCAAGCAGAUUUUUCGGGGAUGAGUGUUUGUUACUUCCGUUUCUAGAAGAUAACAUCCAGACAGAAAAUCGUUAUGUAGAUGGUUAUUCUGAACCUGUAAGCGUUUCCGAAGAUUCAAACUUAUAUGUUGCCAUCCAUCAAAUGAAACCCCCCAAUCAGGAUUCGGAUGUUGGUUCGUAUCCAGAUUGGGAUCCGGCUGACUUUUUGGAUCCACAGAUGUUCAUCCGGAAUCUCAUAGACCUUUCGGAAAUCUCCACAAGUUCUCAUCACUCGAGAACGAAAUCUAUAACUCUAGCACUUGAUUUAGAUGAAACACUAGUUCAUUCUUCAUUGGAGCACUGUGACGAUGCAGAUUUCACAUUUUCGGUAUUUUCUAGUUUGAAGGAGCAUACUGUGUAUGUGAAGCAGAGACCCUACUUAAGAACAUUCUUGGAGAAAGUAUCGGAAAUGUUUCAUAUCGUCAUCUUCACAGCCAGUCAAAGCAUUUACGCCAAGAAACUUUUGGAUAUACUUGACCCCGAUGGAACGAUCAUCUCUCGUCGAGCUUACAGAGAUUCAUGUAUCUUCGCAGAUGGCAGUUAUACCAAAGAUUUAACUGUUUUAGGUGUUGAUCUUGCCAAAAUUGUCAUAAUCGACAACUCCCCGCAGGUUUUCCGAUUACAAGUGAAUAAUGGAAUUCCGAUCAAGAGUUGGUUCGAUGAUCCGUCAGACUGCGCACUAAUUUCGUUACUUCCGUUUCUUGAAUCUCUCGUCGAUGCUCAAGAUGUGCGUCCAAUUAUUGCUAAGAGAUUCGGUAACAAGGAAUAAAUAAUUAAUAAUCCUCACUUACAUCUUCAAUCUUCUAACAUGAUUAUCUAUACAAAUAAAACAUCUCCUUAGGUGUUCAAUAUAAUUUGUGGAACAUUGUAGUUGCAGAAAAUUUGUACAGUUAAUGGCAGCAAACUUCAGUUUGGUAAUCUGUUUCUUUGUCUUUAUCAUUAUGGCAUAUUAACUUCAAGAUUUUGUUAAAGUUAAAUCAUGAUUUUUUUUUUUUUUUUUUUUUUUUUUUUUUUUUUUUUUUUUUUUUUGUGAUUACCCUUUUACAAAUCUGCACCAUAUUUGGCUGUUUCAUGGUCAGAUACAUAACACACACUUCUAGGUAUGAUCGUUUGUGUGCAGUUAGUUUGAAGAUCUUUAACGGAUACUUAACCACUUGCUGUUUUCAUAGGUAUGAUCGUUUGUUUUGUUUUUUUUAUACGAUGAAACACGCACUGAUUUGGUGCGACGAGUUUAAUAAACUGAGCUAACCUCUUACAGACCGGAACGACCUGUUUGUGGCUAUUGUAAAAAUGUAACUGAUGCAUCAUGUCAUUAUAGAGAAGCAUAUGAUGAUUUGUAACAUAUUUACACAUAUACGUAUAGAUAGUUAUAUUCGGGUUCCUUUGCGUUAUGACAUUCUGUAUUCGUUGAUGGUA